AUGAAUGCUGGCACGGGCAGGGCGGGCGUCAUAAGUGCUCCAGAUGAUGCUGCUCCGAUGGAUAAGUUGGCACAUGCUGUACUAGAUGAUGUGCUUUACAACGUUCUGAGCGAUCUAUUGAUGAAGACGCACCGCGAAGAGAAGACGGCGAGGGCUACCACCGCUGCCAUUCGCAUCGAGAAGCUGGCAUCCGACGCGUCCGACAGCUCAACGCCAGACUCAAAACCGGACGUACGGAUUGAGACCGACGCCGCCAUAUACGAGGAUGGAAAAGUAUUGCUGAAGGGCAAUCCUCUCAAGACGACCGCCGAGAUUUUGUGCCCCCGAUGCCAUCUGCCCCGACUCCUAUACCCGACGGAUGGAAAAGGCGCUCAAAAACCCGAUCCCGGUGUCAUCUACUGCAAGAAACAUCCUUAUAUUGAUAAGCCUGGUUGUGACAUCUAUGGCCAGAGCUGGGUUCCUCAAGGUCCUGGUCGAGGCAAGAAGAAGAAGGACAUGGAAAAGAGUAACACCGAUUCUCCCAAUACCGAACAGCGACCACCCAAUGUUCUCUCUUUCCCCUCAGCUACUUGCAGCAAAUGCAAGCGUUGCAUUCUCGUCACCCGACUUAAUAACCAUAUGGGCUCGUGCAUUGGGAACAGUGGUCGCAAUGCUAGUCGAGCUGCCGCGCAGAAGUUGAGUAAUGGCGGAUCUCAGAAUGACACAACGCCACCUUCAUCACAAAAGGCGACUCCAGCACAAGGCUCCCGCGCAGCCAGCCCGAAGAAGCGCGAUGCCAGCGACGAAGAGGAAGAUUCCGAGAACAGUCACAAGAAAAAGAAGCUCAAGCCUGCUUCCUCAGCGGUCACCAAGAAGGUGAUUCUCAAGACGAAGCCGAGCCUCAAAAAGGACAAACCCAAGGGUCUGUCGUCCUUAAGCCAGGAGCAAAAGGCCGACUACAGCAACAGUGAAUCCGUUGAGGUGGCACCCAAGAAGGUUGUGUCCAAGGGUAUCAGUCCUGUUAAGAAGCUUAAGAUGAACAAACCUCCGCUGGGGUCACCCAAGCCCAAGCCUAACCUCAUCCGCGAGGCAACUGGAGAGUCAGAAUCUUCAGACACUCUCUCAUCCCCUCCUCAGUAG